GUGCUGUUGGAUGUUACACCGUUGUCACUUGGUAAGCAUAUAAUAGGAGAUAUCAUGAGUGUUGUGAUUCCUAGGAAUACUACUAUUCCUGUAAAGAGGACAAAACAAUACAUUACAACCGAAGAUGACCAAUCCUAUGUCUUGAUUCAGGUUUAUGAGGGUGAGAGAACAAGAGCUAGUGAUAACAAUUUGUUGGGUUUUUUUAAGCUUACUGGCUUUCCUUCAGCCCCUCGUGGUCAUUUUUUUAAUGUGACCUUUGCCAUAGAUGAAAAUGGUAUAUUAUCUGUUUCAGCUGAAGAAAAAACUACAGGUAAUAAGAACGAGAUUACCAUAACCAACGAUAAAGACAGAAUGUCAACCAAAGAAAUUGAAAGAAUGAUACAAGAGGCAGAGAUUUAUAAGGCCGAAGAUAACAAGUUUCUUAAGAAGGCCAAAACAAGGAAUGAUUUGGAUUAUUGUGUUUACAAAAUAAGGAAUGUCUUAAAGAAGGAGGAUAUAAACUCAAUGCUUUGCUCACAAGAAAAAGAGGAUAUCAGUUCUGCUAUAAAUAAGGCUACUGAUUUGCUUGAUGAGAACUAUGAGCAAGAUGAUAUAUCUAUGUUCGAGGAUUGUUUGAAAGACCUUGAGAUCUUCUUUGGACGCCUCAAGGCCAUGGGCUAGCUAGAUUGUUUAGUUGUUCUUUAAAAGUAAUUUGACGUUGACUUGCAAUUUUCUUUUUUCUUAAAUACAAACUAUUGGUAUUAACUUAAAAUUGUCUAAGUUUGGUAACUUUUUAUAUA